AUGGAAGGUCUAAAUCACAUGUUCAGGAUAGCAAAUGCAAAUAGAUGGGUGAAAGGUUUCAGUGCUCAGUCAGGAAGAGGGGAAGAUCUGGAAGUAUCACAUCUGUUAUAUGUAGAUGAUGCCUUAAUUUUCUGUGAAGCAGAGUCAAGUCUUCAUGUAAACGGGUUGAAAAGCCACAUCCUCCCUAUCAACCAGGUUGGGAAUUUGCAAGAGUUGGCUGCUAUUUUGGGUUGUCAAGUGGACCCCUUACCAACUAAAUAUUUGGGGUUGCCAUUAAGUGCCAAAAAUAAAGAACUAGAAGUGUGGAGUGGGGUGAUGGAAAGGUGUGAGAAAAAAUUAUCCAGGUGGAAAAGUCAAUGUCUAUCAUUAGGGGGUAGAUUGACUCUCAUCAAGUCAGUACUGGAUGGCCUCCCAACAUACAUGAUGAGCCUUUUCCCAAUACCAAAGAGCAUUGAGAAAAGAUUAAACAGGGUGAGAAGGUCCAUUUAUGGCAAGGAAACAAGGAGAAGAGAGGCUACAAUCUGGUGA